AUGUCCGCAGCCCCCGCUGGCGGGAAAAUUGAGUUUUCCCCUCACCGCGAACUUGCACACCUUCGUCAGGACUUGGCUGUGACGAGGGAAAUCCUGACGAUUGUAAAGGAGGAGAAUGAACGUCUUUGUUCCGUUGCGGAAGCGCGCACCGUGGAGGUGGCCCGCCUAAACGCCGAGCUGCAAGAAGCCAAGCGCCUGCUGCAGGACCAAAGCCACGCGCAUGAAGUGGAGCUAGCACGUUUUCAGUCCGGUCAAGCCGCCCUGGAGGAGGAACUUGCGGAGUCCAUUGCCGAGCGUAAACGUCUCUCGGAGCUUUUGCACAGUGUACGAGGGCAGGUGGACGGGAGGUUGACGGCCUUGGUUGAGGAGCUUCAGCGCCAGGGUGAGGCAGUUCAUGGGCUAAGCUAUCGGAACAAGGAGUACGAGCGCGAAAUUGAGCGGCUAAACCGAACGGUAAAAACAGACAGCUCCAUGGCAGCUGAGCUGGAGGAGGUGCAGGCGAGGUAUUCCAAGGCCUCAGCCGAAGUUGUUCGUCUCCAACAACAAGUAGCCCAGUAUCAAUUAGAAUUAUCCUCCACACGUGAGAAGAUGCAACAGCCGUCUGAUAACUCAGUCGACGCCCCUCAAAAGGUGCUCUUGCGGGAGGCAGUUUCUCUUCUUACGCUGUAUCGGCAGUGGCUUUUAGAAGUGCGUGCGGCAUUGUGGGAGAUUGAGGAUCGGAUAGAGACAUCCUUAAAUGAUGGCAUAGAUUCACUUGCGCACAUGACAACUCCAGGAGUUCCUUACAGACCUCCCACAGUGGAGCGGGAGCGUUUACAGGCGAUGAAGAAAUUUGAACGGGAACGCAGGCGUGUCGACCCCACGGUGUACCCGGACAGAUGUGAAACGUGCGAAGACAGUUUUGCGUUUUCGGUGCGUGCCAUUCGAGAUGCCUGGGAUGCCUCAAAGCAUUCACUUGAAAAAGUGAAGGUGUUAUCAUCGCAACUCUCAGAGACGCUGAGGUCUGUGGUGCAGGUGUCGGAGGAUUUGCACACCAAGACAACCCCGCCUCCCCCGUCAGGAUCCGAGACGGGGACGAAAGCUGCGUGGAGCAAAUGCGACCAAAGUCGAAUUGCUGAUUCACUAAGGGAGAAUUUUGAACUGCAGCUACAGUUUCGCGACGAGGAGCAGCGCAAGAGGGAUGCUGAGGUAGCGAAUUUGAAAUCUAUAAUUUCCACGUUAGAGGAACAAAAGGAUUUGCUCAGCAGCGAGUUAUUAAAAGGCAAGCAGGAGGCCGUCAAUGCUUCACUCAGCAGUGCGUUGAAGUUGAAUGAGCUGGAGUGCAAGCUGCGGGAGACUGUGAGUUCUGGUGAGGCUAUGACCGCGAAAGCACUGAGCACAAUGCAACUAGAGCAGGAUAAGGAGCGAAAAGAACUGACUGAGGCGAAUUCACAACUAAAGAAGACUCUUGAAGAGGAACGGGCGAGCAUGGAGGACAUGAAGCGGCUUCUUGUUGAGAGUAAACGACGGCGAAUAAAGCUUAAAGAUGAAAACAGAAAUCUUCGGAAACAAUUGCAAACCACCGAGGACCUUCUCAGUGCUCUCCGACUGGAAUUGCUUGAAGCGAAACAAUCGAUGGAAUUACUGCACGCUGAGCUGCAUUUCGCUGAACGUAGUCAAGAACGACCAACUUCUUCUUCACAUUCAAAAACUUUCCUCGCGUUCAAAAAUGGGAUUCAAAAGUCCCCAUUUGAAGCAAAGGCUGUAUACUUACCUAGAGCGCCAUGA